AUGCAACAGGAUGAAUUCAAAAGAAAGAUUGUUAUUUAUCUUACACCCAUGAAAAAUGUCCAUUAUUUGCCGCCAUUCUUUGACGUGAGUGCAGCACUCGCUGCGAGCUUAAAUCUUGUGGAUGUUGUGCUUAAUGCACUGAUAGAGUAUGGAGACUUACCGGGGCAAGAAACAUUCGAUAAUGAUGUUGACUCGAUCGCCACCUUUGUGCAGGUUGUGCUGCAAAUAACAGCUCUAUUCAAUCUGUUUGUGCUACUAGCAGGCACCUUCUUGUUUCGAAGUGGCCUCUUCGGCAUGCUAUACUCUCAAUUUCGCAUUGUGCUUCUAAUGCAUCCCCUGUAUAUUUGUUUGACCGUCAUUUUGGUCGCCUGUCGGAUGACUUUACUUUCGUCAGAAAACGAUCGUAUAAAAAUUUGGGACAACUUCGGCUAUUUAAUUUUUUCUGGAAUGCACAAGAUUGCAUAUAUGCGGUUGAGCAGCUCCGAAAUCGCAAAUACUACACUUUCGAAUCCUGGAUGCAGAAUUAGUUGUGUUUUCGGAGCGAACGUUAUGUGGAAGUUGCAAUUUUGCUUUGCUUAUCGCUGA